AUGGCUCAGUUCUCGCUCCUGUCUUCCCGCCUGAAGGCGGUCGACCUAAAUGCUGAGCUUGAAAUCAGCAACACCUAUCUCGUCCGAUUCCAAAAGCCCAACAAGAUGAUUUGGAUUGGAGUCGUCAUUCCUGAGAAUAUCGGUCCUCGCAGGCACACUAAUAAACGCCCCGCUGAAGCGAGGCCUACAAGCGGAGAAUGGACAACCCCUGCUACAGAUCGAAUGUAUUCGGUCUAUCUGCCUGGUUGCAACACUUUUCGAUGGAUCGGAACCAAACAGACGUUCACGAUUGAGGCUAGUCCUCCGUCUAUCAAGGAAGACCUCAUCGACAGGCCCGUUGCAAAGCUUUUCCGAAGCGUCCUGGCUAUCGUCAAGCAGAAGCCUUCACUGCAGUUCUGGUUGGACAUGCUUAAACAGGAGCAACAAGAGAAAGGUCGGACCACUACUGAUCUGAGACUGUGUAUGCCAAACGGCUACAACAUUGUUCUUGAGGAAGACGGUCAGUCAGCUUCAGAGCCUUCGGUACCUGACAAGCCUGCGGUCCCUGACAAGCCUUCGGUUCUUGACGACUGCGUUCAAGAGCCUCCUAGCAAGGUGCAAGCUACCAGCCAUUCGUUUUCCACCUCUCGAGCCUUGGCUGUUUCUAAUGGAGAUGAAUUCUCCAACUCUGUUGAGCAAGACAACGCUAUGUUUGUACCCUUUGAUGCAGAUGCAGGGACUAGGAACCCAGCUAUGAAUGCAGACACGGAUGGAGACAUGAGCACACAGACGUCAGCCACAGUUCAUGGAUUCUAUUUUGCUGAUGAACCGACCAUCGACGGUCUGACGACUCCUCCUGUCAACCCGCCCAGCCCUGAGGCUUCUAUGGAGGAGGUGGAGGUGGAAGUGGAGGCUCGAAAUCAGUCUCAUGGUGAAUCUAUCGAAAUCAGGCCCGCGCCACUCGAUGAAUUCCCCGAGCUCCUCUUUGAUAUGCCCCUCCUGGAUUUCGUGAAAACAGCGAUUUCCAACGAUUCUGAAGUUCUUAGAAAUAUCCACUUGGCCAAAGGAAUUUUGGAGAUGCUGCAGAGUCCGCAGGGGUUCUUUAUUCGGUCAUUCUUCAAAACCCACGACUUCUGUCCUUGUCUCAUCUUGAAGGAUCCUGAGGCGAGCGCCGAAGACAGCGACAAUGAAGAGCAGGCCACGCUGCGUAUUGGCGAUGUGCGUAUGAUUGGAACCAGAUACAAACUGGAGGAUGUUCACUCAGCCGAUGUUCUGCGUGGACCCAUCAUCGCCCUAGGAGAGCUGUACAUGCUCGCCGGACGCCUCCGACUCGAUGCGCUGAUUGACAAGAUUGUCAUGAAGCUGCAAGUUGUCUGGAAUUCUUACGAAGGAGUAUCUAUGCUGGCGGAUCUUCUUACAGUUGCGCGGGAAAUUUUCGAUGCGAGCAAUGUGUCUGCUUCGUUCGAUGGAAUGCAGAAUUGGUUCGUCGCAUUCAUCGCGGACAUAAUGCCGCUUUUCCUCUACAAGAAUGGGGCGGAGUUCAACCAGGUCAUGAGUGACUGCCCGAUUUUGCGAGAUGCUGUUUUUGAAAAAUACAGUAAGAAGCUGAGUGAGAGCCCGGAGAGAUACGCCAACCCUCUUGUCUGGCUUCGCCGUCGUGGGGUCAAAAUCUAG